GGGAUCUCCCAGGGAAGCUCGGAGGGGGACAGAGAGCUGGUCCCCCUCUGCGACUCGCCCCCCUCUGGCUGGCCGAGUGUCUGGCGCCAACCUCGCUGGAGGAGGCUGUCGGGGGCGGGCCAGCCAGCGGGGCUGCCCUCCCCGCAGUGACGUCCCAGGGGGCGGAGGGGCGACCAACUAACUCCGCGCCCUCCCCCCUCCUCCCAUGCGGUCCGUCGGUCCUCGGGAGAUGCUGCUGCCGCGGUUGCAGUUGUCGCGCACGCCGCCGCCCGCCAGCCCGCUCCACAGCCCUAGCGCCCGGGUGUCGGAGGGCGCACCCGAGUCGGGCCAUGAGGCCGAGAACUGCGCUACAGGCCGUGGUGCUGGCGGUGUUGCUGGUGGGGCUGCGGGCCGCGACGGGUCGCCUGCUGAGCGCCUCUGAUUUGGACCUCAGAGGAAGGCAGCCAGUCUGCCGAGGAGGGACACAGAGGCCUUGUUAUAAAGUCAUUUACUUCCAUGAUACUUCUCGAAGACUGAACUUUGAGGAAGCCAAAGAAGCCUGCAGGAGGGACGGAGGCCAGCUAGUCAGCAUCGAGUCUGAAGAUGAACAGAAACUGAUAGAAAAGUUCAUUGAAAACCUCUUGCCAUCUGAUGGUGACUUCUGGAUUGGGCUCAGGAGGCGUGAGGAGAAACAAAGCAAUAGCACAGCCUGCCAGGACCUUUAUGCUUGGACUGAUGGCAGCAUAUCACAAUUUAGGAACUGGUAUGUGGAUGAGCCGUCCUGCGGCAGCGAGGUCUGCGUGGUCAUGUACCAUCAGCCAUCGGCACCCGCCGGCAUCGGAGGCCCCUACAUGUUCCAGUGGAAUGAUGACCGGUGCAACAUGAAGAACAAUUUCAUUUGCAAAUAUUCUGAUGAGAAACCAGCAGUUCCUUCUAGAGAAGCUGAAGGUGAAGAAACAGAGCCGACAACACCUGUACUUCCAGAAGAAACACAGGAAGAAGAUGCCAAAAAAACAUUUAAAGAAAGUAGAGAAGCUGCUUUGAAUCUUGCCUAUAUCCUAAUCCCCGGCAUUCCCCUUCUCCUCCUCCUUGUGGUCACCACAGUUGUAUGUUGGGUUUGGAUCUGUAGAAGAAGGAAACGGGAGCAGCCAGACCCUAGCACAAAGAAGCAACACACCAUCUGGCCCUCUCCUCACCAAGGAAACAGCCCGGACCUAGAGGUCUACAAUGUCAUAAGAAAACAAAGCGAAGCUGACUUAGCUGAGACCCGGCCAGACCUGAAGAAUAUUUCAUUCCGAGUGUGUUCAGGAGAAGCUACUCCCGAUGACAUGUCUCGUGACUAUGACAACAUGGCUGUGAACCCAUCAGAAAAUGGGUUUGUGACUCUGGUGAGCGUGGAGAGUGGAUUUGUGACCAAUGACAUUUAUGAGUUCUCCCCAGACCAAAUGGGGAGGAGCAAGGAGUCUGGAUGGGUGGAGAAUGAAAUAUAUGGUUAUUAGGACAUAUAAACAACUGAAACUGACAAGAAUGGAAAAGAAAUGAUAAGCAAAAUUCUCUUAUUUUCUGUAAGGAAAAUACGCAGAAGGUCUAUGAGAAAGCUUAGAUCAGGUCCUGUGGAUGAGCAUGUUGGACCCCCACGUUUUGGCUGUAUCCUUUAUCCCAGCCAGUCAUCCAGCUCGACCUUAUGAGAAGGUACCUUGUCCAGGUCUGGCACACAGUAGAGUCUCAAUCAAUGUCACUUGGUCGGUUGUAUCUAACUUUUAAGGGACAGUGCUUUACCUGGCAGUGAUAAAGAUGGGCUGUGGAGCUUGGAAAACCACCUCUAAGUUCUGUUUUCCUUGCUCUAUACAGCAGCACAUAUUACCAUGCAGACAGAAAAUCCAGAAUCUUUUCAAAGCCCACAUAUGGUAGCACAGGCUGGCCUGCGCGUCGGCAAUUCUCAUAUCUGUUUUUUUCAAAGAAUAAAAUCAAAUAAAGAGCAGGAAACAA